AUGAUCCUGUUUCACCAUGGCAACCAGUAUGGAGGUGCUGGCUCAGCAGGUAGUGGAGACUCAGCAGGUGGCUGAGGAAAUGCACCGUGGUAACAUAGUGUGAUGGUUGUAUCUUGCCACUGGAGAGAUCGCUCCAUCUCAAGAGUGUAUGAAGCUCUGAUUUCUUCCUGUCCGGUGCAGGCUGUUCAGACUUCCCUGUCUGAAUCUCCAGUGAUGACCAGCCCUUCCCAGCGUAUCCAGAUCAUUUCCACAGACUCCUCUGUAGCGUCCCCACAGCGCAUCCAGAUUGUGACAGAUCAGCAAACAGGUCAAAAGAUCCAGAUAGUGACAGCAGUGGACUCAGCUGUGUCUCCAAAGCAACAGUUUAUUUUAGCCAGUCCAGAUGGAACUGGUGCAGGAAAGGUGAUACUGGCAGCACCAGAGACAUCCAAUGCCAAACAGCUCAUCUUUACCACCACAGACAACAUCGUGCCGGGCAGGAUUCAGAUAGUAACAGACUCUGCUUCGGUGGAACGUUUGCUGGGGAAAGCCGAUGUUCAGCGGCCCCAGGUUGUAGAAUAUUGCGUCGUCUGUGGUGAUAAAGCAUCAGGUCGUCACUAUGGUGCUGUCAGUUGUGAGGGAUGCAAAGGUUUCUUUAAAAGGAGUGUAAGGAAGAAUCUCACCUACAGUUGUCGUAGCAACCAGGACUGUAUCAUCAACAAACACCAUCGGAAUCGCUGCCAGUUUUGCAGGCUGAAGAAAUGUCUGGAGAUGGGCAUGAAAAUGGAAUCUGUUCAGAGUGAAAGAAAGCCUUUUGAUGUGCAGCGUGAAAAGCCAACCAACUGCGCAGCUUCCACUGAGAAGAUCUACAUCAGGAAAGACCUGCGGAGUCCUCUGAUAGCAACUCCAACGUUUGUGGCAGACAAAGAUGGGACACGGUCAGGAGGUCUUCUUGAUCCAGGAAUGCUUGUGAAUAUUCAGCAGCCUUUGAUCAGGGAUGAUGGCACAGUCCUCCUAACUGCUGACUCCAAGGCUGAAACAAGCCAGGGUGCUUUAGGAACUCUAGCAAACGUUGUAACAUCUCUGGCUAACCUCAAUGAGUCUCUAAACAAUGGAGAUACUUCUGAAGUUCAACAAGAAGAGCAAUCUGCAAGUGAGAUCACACGGGCAUUUGAUACUUUGGCUAAAGCACUUAAUACCACAGAUGGUACGGCAGCUCAUACCUUGGCAGAUGGGAUGGAUCCUACAGGUGGAGGGAAUAUUCACGUAAUCAGUAGAGAUCAGUCAACACCAAUUAUUGAAGUGGAAGGACCCCUACUUACAGAUACGCAUGUCACAUUUAAGCUGACAAUGCCCAGCCCAAUGCCAGAGUACCUGAAUGUGCACUACAUCUGUGAGUCUGCAUCACGACUGCUUUUCCUCUCUAUGCACUGGGCAAGGUCCAUACCUGCAUUUCAAGCUCUUGGGCAGGACUGCAACACAAGCCUCGUGCGUGCCUGCUGGAAUGAGCUGUUCACCCUGGGUCUGGCACAGUGCGCACAGGUGAUGAGCCUGUCCACCAUCCUGGCAGCUAUUGUCAACCACCUCCAGAACAGCAUCCAGGAAGACAAACUUUCUGGAGACAGAAUAAAGCAAGUCAUGGAACACAUCUGGAAACUGCAGGAGUUCUGUAACAGCAUGGCCAAGCUUGAUAUUGAUGGAUAUGAGUAUGCAUAUCUUAAAGCCAUAGUCCUCUUUAGCCCUGAUCAUCCUGGUCUGACCAGUUCAACCCAAAUAGAAAAAUUCCAGGAGAAGGCACAGAUGGAGUUACAGGACUAUGUACAAAAAACCUAUCCAGAAGAUACUUAUAGGCUAGCCCGGAUUCUGGUUCGCCUGACAGCACUCAGGCUGAUGAACUCCAGCAUCACCGAGGAACUGUUUUUUACUGGGCUCAUUGGAAAUGUUCCCAUUGACAGCAUAAUACCCUACAUUCUCAAAAUGGAAACAGCAGAAUAUAAUGGUCAAAUAACUGGCACUUCUGCAUAGUGGGAACAGCAGGAUUUGAUGGAUCAAAGCAAUUUUUGUACAAACAUACAAUGAGGAAGCUAAAGGAAUAGCAUUUUGGUAUGUACAAGUAUUUCCAACUCGUCAGUUUCCCGUCAGAGUUCGCUUUGUCUGUUUGCUGACAUUGACAGGAUUUCAGCAGUUACUACGAGACCUGCUGUAGGACCUUCUCUGCCACAAGGAGUAUUUUCAAUGCCUUUUAUUUCAAAGGCUAUAAAUUACUGAACAUACUUUUCACAUGCUUUGUAUUUAGAAAUUAUCAGUGGUUAAAAGUAGAGUUUUAUAAUACCUAAAAUGAGUAAUAAAAUUACUUUUAAAGUAAAAAGAACAGUAUGUAUAUAUUUAAAAAUAUCCUUGGAAGUACUAUCUAAUAAACACCAGGGUAUAUUACUUACUAGCACUUUGUAAGCACUUGCUGUCACAGCAACAUCAUCAUCAACAUCCUGCUUAUAACUGUGGAGAAGUAAAGUAACAGCAUAUGUCCUUAAGCCAAAUGAUGGUGAUCUCUGUCAAAGUGUAGAAUGCUACAGGAGACAAUCAUUUAUUCUACAAAAAGUCACUUGGUCUUAUGUUAGACAUGAAAUGAGAAUGUGGGCUCGUCCCUCUGAUAGCCACAUCAUCUGAAGUUGUGCUCUUUUGCAGCUCACAGCACCAUGUAGUCAGAGACUGGGACGUGCUACAGGAAUAAACUCACUCUAGGAUUAAAAUCUGUUUCUUGCCACAGUGAUGAGGAAAUAUUUGGGUUCCUUUAAAGCUUCUACUCUGACCAAUGCAGUCCUGGCAAACAUUACUUUCAUAGGAAGCCUUUUGAUUGUGGAGAAAAUCAGUCAUUAACUGGAAGAACAGUAAUUCUUGAGUAGAGCUGUGCCGUGAUCUUUGUGUUUGCGAAGUUACUCCUCUCUGUACUCCUGAAUACCCUCAUCAUGCAGCCAAGGGUACAGUUUAAAACCUGAGAUGUGUGGAGCCUUUGGCUGUCAGCAAGAGAGAAUUACAAAGCUCUCUUAGUUUAUUUCUCAACACUCCCUCCUCUGACUGAACACUCCUAGUUUUGCAGUGCCCUCAGUGUUCCUGGGACUCAGUUUGAAACUGAGGUAUAGUUGGGAUUGACACUAUGGUGCACAAUUGCAGUUAAUGACUGAUAUGCUGUGGAGUUAGCAAAUCAACUCCUUUUUAAUUGUCUAGAGUGAUGAGCCAUCAAUGUGUUUGCCAGUAUUGGCCAUUAGCUUUCAUUUUAGUAAAACUUAGCGUUAUUGACUUUUAAAAUGUUAAAUAAUCAAAGGGUUUUUUUUAAGUUGUGGUAAUGAGUAUUCAUCUGAUCCUGGCUUAUCCUGAUGCAUCAGUGUUUGCAUUAGUGGUGUGGCCGAGGCAUUUUCUACUUGGGUAUUUUUAUGUGAGAAAAACAAUCUAAUGAUAAAUUCAACACUUUUGGUUUUUCUCCCAUUACUGGUGUUUAUUUGUAAACCCCAAACAGGUUGGCUGUGGUGUCUCUUAAAGGUCUGAAUUGUAGUCACAAGACCUUAAGGCCACUCUGACAAAGAAAAUGUAGAGCACUGUGCACAGCAGAGCUGCAGACCUGAGCAAGUUUUACCCUCUCCUCUGCUGAUGUUGUUCUUGGCAUUCCUGAGGUUUGCUCCAUCCUCACCAGUGCCUGUCAGAUGGUAACAGCUUCAUCUUCUCAUCUUUACUUCUAAAUUACUUUCACUUUGUUUUUCCCUUCCCAGGUGCAAACCUUUGCUUAUGAAUAUGCAUCAGGAGAGGGUUUUUUAGUAAUAAACACCAAAAAUCUAUUUUUUGAUUUUAAGUAUAGAAGUAGCUUGUUGCCAUGAAGGCCAAAUUUCAGUGCCCAGCUGAUGUUCACACAACUAGGAGUCAGAGGUUCCCAGCCCAGACGUGGUGCUAAGGCAAGUGACAUCUUGCCGCAGCUCGGCUUGGUGCCUACAAUCCACUUUGUCCAGAAUUUUCAGGGUCCUGUUUCUGCUGCUUUUGAAAUGAAAAUAUCUGAACUCAGUAGAAAUGCAGCGAUAAAAUGUCUGAAAAGAUCUCUCAGAGCUUGAGCAUCUGUGCAUCUUGCUAAUAAUGGGGUCAGAUGUUAGGGUUCUGUGCAGACUGCAGCUGGAGUGCAGGGAGUGGUCGUGACGCAGUGACGUCCAUGCUCUGUCUGCUUCAUUUGUUCUGCAGCUCUUUCAAGGAGGAACAGGAUUUGAAUUCUGCAGUUAAAAGAGCAGUGAUCAAUGAUUGUGUUGGAGCAUUUUGGGUCAGGUUCUUAAUAAUGGGGUUUAUUGCAUUGGCAACAAGGGCAGAAAGGUGCACUGCUCCUUUCCCCCUUAAUUUAUUCCCACUGGACUAAAGAGGCAGACCUGAAGCCGUGUGUAAACAGCAUCUUUCUCUGUCUGUUCACAUUACUUGUAGCUGGGGGAGAGUGCUUUUGGUGCCAAUGGAGUUACUCUGGCAUCAAACUGGUAGAAUAAUAUCCCAGGAGGGACCCUCCAAGGAAAUCGUGCAAGCCUUUAUUUUUGCUGCCUUAAAAUGUUAGAUUAUUAGGGAGGCUUCACUUUCUUGUGCAAGGAGCAGCUGUUGCUCACCGCUGAUGACUUGGUGUCAUUUACCUAGUCUCUUUUUGCCAUCAUGUGAUGCACUUGGCCCUCAGAGCAGCCAUUGAUGCCUCCAGUGUUUCUGUGCUGAAUGCAGCUGGCUCUGCAUCACCGUUGCUACUCCCCUUGGCAAGGGGCAUGUUCUGAAGGGUGACCGCAAAAGGAGUCAGACCUGGCAGUUCCAGGAGACAGCAGCUUCCUACUUUUUUCUUGGCAGAGACUGAAACUGUGUUUUUAUUGCUGUGUACAAGGCACAGGAUUCCCAGAUUAUUUCAUCCAAGAUGCUGCAGAUGUCUCUAUAUCUCUACACCUCUAAGCGGGUACUUAGGAUUCUUCCCUGCUGUUUAUUUAGGGAUAAUGUUUUAAAACUGCAUGAGUAUCAAAGGCAGAGGGGACACAGCUUAGGCAGGAAAAGGGAACUGGAGGUCAUCAGGUUGAGGAUACUGCCAAAGGAGCAGUGAUCAAAGCAGCCUUCUGCACCAACAGCACCAGUCUGGGGCCUGUGUGAAGUGGGUGAUGGGAGCAGUAGAACUGGCAGGUCAAGCGGGCAUACAGAGGUGCACCAGCAAACACCUACAGGGCAACACCACCCUGGAAAGAAAAGAAAAUGUUUUUCUGUCUGAAAUCUCUCUUCUCCAGUUACUCUUUAGAGUGCAAAAUCAAGAUGGUUCUUUCUCCUCUACUCUUGCUCAGACAAGAAAAAGCAGAAGCACCAAGCGAACAAGUAGGCUUCCACCUGUGCCAGUCAUUUGCCAGACAACCACACAACAGCUGCUGUGUUGGUUUGCUCAUGGGCCUGCUGUGAGACCAGCACACAUCUGCAGACCCAAUGCCCCCAUGUGUCCAGCAUGAAUAAGCAAAAUGAGGCCAUGUUGACAGGAUCACAGGAUGUUAGGGGUUGGAAGGGACCCAAGGAGAUCAUCGAGUCCAACCCUCAGAGUAGAGUCACCCUGCAGAGCAGAGUCAGGGGCAGAGGAGGGACAAACUGUCAGCAUCUACUGGAUCCUGAAUGACAGAAAAUCAGUUUAAAAAAUAGCUUUAUGUGAAGAGCUACCAAGAGGGCAUGGCAAAGGUGGGAAAACAAAAGCACUUAAUCUUCUGCACCUUUUCAGUCUGAAGUGGCUGAGUCAUUUUCACAGGCUGGUGUUUGCAUGAAAGGUACCAUAACCCCUCUUGUUAGAUAAUGCUACAACCCUGCUGCUGCAGUCAUGUGAGCAACAUGAUACGGGAAAUUAUUUUUUUGGGGGAAAAAACAACAUUAUUUAUACUUGCAAACUCAAGCAGAAUUCCUUGUAAAGGUGAAAAGCUCUAAGUCUGAAUAUGUUGGACAUGGAAAAGGUCAAGGCCCAGAACCACCUUUUCACUGAGCCUGCUGUAACCUUCCACCAUUCCCACAGACUUUUUGUUCUCUUGGCUACAUGAAUUAUUGGAAAUGGCUUCUUAUUGUUAGAGUCACGCCUGUCUUCCUUCUUUUUAAAGGGUUUGAUAGAUUUUUACAUCUUUGUUUUGUGCCUCCCACCAUGGUGCAUUUCUGCAUGUCAAACUCACUGGAGCAGCUGCUGCCUGUCCAUAGCUGUGUGUGUACCAAUGUGUUGAUCCCUGUACAGUGUAUACAGAGCACACUGAUGUAUCUAUGUACAGAUGUGUGGCCAUAGAUCUGUGUGUUAAACUUUUCAAUCAUUUGCUAAUCCAGAGCUUCCUAGUUUUCACUUCUUAGCCCAAACUAAGCCUUGCUUAAGCAAGAUUGGCACCUUUUCUUACACCCAGUCUGAAUUUAAUCCUUCUUGUUCAGAUCUGACAAAUAUAGCCCAUGGAUGUUCUGGCAUUUACAUUGCUUCCCUUUACCUUCUCUCAUUUGACAUGUAAAUGUCUGCCAGUGAGCAGUUAAUUGAAUGUUCAGUGUCUCAAAGGAAUCAAUAGCUGGGAAGGACUCCCCAGUUCCAGCAUGUGCUCAGUCUUUUUCAGCCUUCUGAGAGACCUUUGUGUAGAACUUUGUUUUGGUAAGAGACUGCCUUUUAUAAAGUCUUUGGUAGUGGCUCAUUGGAAGAAAGUUUCCUUUGUCACUGAUCUGUAGCACAGAGAACAGUUCAGAAUGGAUGCUGUUUAAAAACGCCAUCCUCAGGUGCCGCAGUGCUGAGGUGGAGCCAUCUGCUCAGUGAAGCCUAGGCAGUGUCCUCUGCUGCAGUGGUGCUUCCACCAGAGGGAGAGUUGCUGCUUGCUCCUUUCUUAGCAAGGGUCACGACUGGCAGGCUUUCCACACUGCAUUGCAGUUGCACUUUCACUUUCCAAAGUGACUCUUCAUCGUCUGGCUCAAAAGGAAACAAAGCUGGUUCUUUCAGUCGUCAGGCUAAUGUGCACUUCCAUGUUCUGCCCUCUCGUGAAGCUGUGAUCAGUGCAGAUCAGGUACAGGUGUGUACUAUGGGAGAUGGGCACAGGGAGCAGCUGCGGAGUUACACUCGCAGUAAAACAAUUUAUUACUCCUAGGGAGCACACAAGUAUUUACAUCAUCAAAAUAGUAGUCCUUGUUCCUUUCCAAUGAGCUCCAUUCCAAGGGAAACCUGCAAAAGCUAUUCCCUUAACUUUGGGGGUUCCCAGGCAGCACAGGGAGUGGUUCAGCAGCUAUAGUUUGGUGAAGCAGAAUUUUCUGGACAUCUUUUUUUCCACCUUCUGUACUAAAUGUGGCAAAGAUUUGUGUGUUCAAGCAGAUGAGCAGCACCACUUAAAAUGCCAUCUUCUGUGCUUGAAUCAAGCACAAGCUGCUUUCAGUCGAGGCUGCUGCCUGUGGUCUGUGCUGUGGACAAUGCUGAGAACAUUCUGUCCUCACUAUGGUCUUCAGUAAGCUUUCGGAAUCUUUUCUUUCAGAUGCAGGAAAAAAAAUGCAAAAUGUCCAUUUUAACAUUUCAAGCCUUAUUUGUGAUCUUUUCAGCACAAAAAUUAUUUAAAUGAAUGGCAGGAAUUCCUGUGACAGGUGGUCCUUCGUCGGUGUCUUGACAAUCAGUCUGCCUGAACUGUUUGGUUUCUUCCUUAAAGUCUGAAUGGAAACCUGAGUGUUAAGGUCAGUUUCCGGCAGGACCACUGACAGAGUGGGAGUGUGGUCAGCUGGGGCCCUGAUCAGGGUUGAACCUGUUUGAAAAUCAAAUUGUAACUCAGAAAAGGAGCAUGUUUAAAAUCAUGGACUUGUUUUAUCCUUUGUGUUUGUUCUUUGCAUCCUGAGGGACAAAAUGCACUUCAGUGUCAGUGGCAAUCAGGGCUCAGCUGUCUGUGGAAGCUGUAGUAUGCAAAAUCAGCAUUCUGUGUGAGCGUGCAGAGCAGCAGCCAGAGGCACUCUGCUUGCCAGGUGCCUGACAACCCUGUGCAGCUGUACAGCAUCUGAUGAAGUGAGCGCGGUGACUCCAGGGCAGCAAAGGUCCAAGCUGAAGCGUUUUGCUGCUUGUGGAUUAAAGUAGGGCUAAGUCAGCUUCGGAACGGGGGCAUGCUUGGGAAGGAGCAGACAUGUUUCUUACAGGGCAGAUUUGUGCCAGUUCUCAUGUGGGGGAUUGGCUUUGAACAUGGGAGUAUUUCCACAGCUUGUAGUACAGAACACCUUGCAAGCCAGGGUGCAAACAGCUUCAGAACCAAAAAGCUGCACUUACUUCUGCACAUCAGGCCUCUGGUGUACCAGAUAGGUACAGAGCUCCACAGAGCUCACUUGGGACAAAACAAAUGGUCUGCUUUGAAUUCCUUGGGAUAUGUUCUGGAAGCCUCUGUUCAUUAUAGCUUAGAGAACUAUUGGUUAUGUUACUGUGUUUUAAUUUCGGGUAACAAACCUUGCAGAAGUUAUUUUCUCACAGCUUCUUUUGUGAAAUCAACAUCGUUCUGUGUGAUGGCAUCUAAACAUAACAGCAUGUUCUUUUUUAACCUGAAUUUUAUAUCUAAUCAGUGUCUUCAGUCAUGAAGAGGAAUUUGCAUUGUUGUGUUUGUAUAUAGAGUAUUGCAGUGCAUGAUUUAGCUUAUGCAUUUUAUUAAAUGCUGUUGAAAUGUGGCAUUCUAUUGUUGUGGCUUAAUACUGCUGUUUAUACCAUUAAAGUGAGUUACAGCUGGAA